CUUCAACUGAAUUUGUAGAAAAAGCUGAUGCUGUAACAAUAUCACAAACAGUCAUGAGUGUUUUAAAUUCCUAUAACAUAUCAUAUAGCAAUGUCAUUUUUUUUAUUUCUGACAAUGCAAGUUAUAUGAAAUUAGCAUAUUCUUUUUUAUCUCCAUUUUUACCAAACAUGUUUCAUAAUUGCUGUUUGGCACAUAUCUUUAGUUUAGUAGGUGAAUGUUGGAUCAAUUUUAAAAAAUUUGAGUUAGUAGAUUUUUUUGUAGCAAAUUUCAAAUCAUUAUUUACUUAUAGUAAUUAUAGGAAAAAACGAUGGAUUGAGCAUCUUGAAAAUAAUAAUAUUUCAUCACCAUCAUUGCCACCAGUACCA